AUGACCCCUUUUAAGGCUCUCUACGGCAGGGAUCCUUCUACUCUACUCAAGUUCACAGAUUGCCCAUCAGCGGUAGAGGAAGUGAAUCACCAGAUGUUUAAGCGUAACUCCAUCUUGGAAGAGUUUAAACAUAAUUUAUCUGUCGCGCAAGGGCAUAUGAAAGAGAGUGCAGAUGUACACCGCCGCGAAGUAACUUUCCAGCCUGGGGAUCAUGUGUUUUUGAAGCUCCAACCGUAUAGGUUUAAGUCCUUGGCCACGAAACAAAAUGAGAAGCUUAGUGCCCGUUGUUAUAGCCCUUUUCCCGUCGUAGAACGAAUUGGACAGGUUGCCUAUAGGCUGGAUUUGCCUUCUUUUGCUCGCAUUCACCCGGUUUUCCAUGUGUCUCAGCUCAAGGGUAGCUUGCACGACUCCGUUCCCAUCCAGCCGCUUCCCCAUGGCCUCACCGAUGACUUGAAACUCACUAUCUAG